GUUGACCUGGCAUGUGAAUCACGGUCUACAUCAUCUUUUUCUUCACGCCUGACCCGAUCGUGCACGACGCCCAUGUGCAGGUACAACAGGGCAGUCGGCUAUAAGACCACCUGUCACAAAGACGGCAGCCCAUCGCAUCGAACACUGCAUCACUUCGUCCUGGUUUUGGCGGAUCUGUCUGACGACGAUCAUGGAGUCGACAAGGACCGCUGUGGUUCAGCAGAACCCUCUGCAUUUCGAUCUUCCACGGACCCUCCAACAGUUUCCAAAAUUCGCACAGCUUCCGUACGAUAUUCGUCACAGGAUAUGGGAGAUGGCCAUCUACGUUCCCGGAGUUCACUUUCUUCGGUUCGAACCCAACCCAGAAUUCCAGCUGGAUCUUGCACCGCCAGGCUCCAGAGAGAGCUCGCCACCAACCAUCAAGACUCCCUACUCCGCUCGUCUUGCGCCGUUGUUUGAGAACCCCAAGGGCGAUGUCUCUCACUAUCUCACACGAAACAAGUACCUCGACAGUCUCAGAGACUCUUGUAACGAAGCUCGGCGCCUGGUCUGGCAGGCUCUCAAGCACCCUGGCAACCUGCGCCUCGGCCACGGUCACCUUGAGCCUGGGCCUCUGGUCAACCUCGCUCUGGCGGAUGACAUCAUUUGUGUCGACUACCCCGAGAUUCAGAGGUCCGCUUCUGUGAAACUCGGCAGGUGGAGUGUCCGGCUCGACAGGGCCCAGCUCUCCAGGAUCAAGAAGCUGGCCGUGCGGUAUCAGGUCUCGUGGGGCGAGGAUACCCGGAUGUGCUCGGGAUGCGGGAGAGUGCACGAGUCUCGGAGACGCACCCCGAAACUUCCAGAGCACCUCAUCGAUUUCCUGUGCCUGUUCCCGGGGCUGGAGACCCUCUUUCUCAUAGACAGUUUUGCUGCUCCUAGAGGCAGCAGCAGCAAUGGCCAUGAAAAGGGCGAAGCACCAGAGCUCACCAAUGCGGCAAGGAGAUUUGAGUGUGGAGGAGGUAGAUAUCUCUUCCAGGUCACGGCUGAUAAUGCAUCUCUCAACUGCCAUACCGAACACGUCGCCGGUAAAAUCCGAGAUAGGCUUGCCGACGGCGACGGCAAGAGCAUCAAGACAGGCGUCGACGAAGACGACGGCCGACGGCCGCUGCUUGUCGAGUAUUUGGCAAGUGCAUGGGAGCCAGAGUUGCUGUCGACUUUGAGAAUGCCGCAAAAGCGAGGGCUCGAUAAGCGACGGACAACAACGAAUGAGCGCGCUCGGGGGAAGAACGUACGUGGCAACGCUACCACUCCCGCUGCAGGACAGCAAGCCAGCUGCAUGGUGCGGAUUGCGCGCAAAUCCGAGCACGCGGAUAUAUGGCCGAGCAGACUCGACCUCGAGGCCACCUCUGCUUCAGCAGACGUGGCUGACCUCAUGGACGGGAUGUCCCUGCAAAGUCUGCAAAGGAGGGGUGAACGUGAACGGCCCUGCUUAUUCCCAGCCCAAUGCCUGCGUCCCAGGGCAGACCAAAUAGUCUUGUUUGGAGACUAUUGGAAACUUCCAGCUGGACAGUUUCUGGCGGAGGGGGCGGCGCGGGCUGGACAUACUGUAGAAGAGGAGACCGCAGCAGGUCAAAGUAAGACAGGGGAGCAGCCAAGUCUCAAUGAUCGAGCACAGGAUGCGACGUUUUCUGUCAAUCACGGCCGCCGGGCGAGUUGUCCCGGCAGCUUGUGCCGGAGGGACAUUCGUUGAUAGUUUUUGCCAGCAAGACGUCUGGGAGGUUAACUGAGUUGAUUCCGGAAGAAAUUGGUGGAUACGCAGAAAUGUGCGGAUUGAUUAUCAGAAGCGAGUGCGGCCGCGCC